GCUGAUGUUCCUUUUCUCUCUGAGCAAUCCCUGGUAAUACUGAUUCUGGAACGUGCUUUGAAUAGAACGGAGUGUUUGCAUCCUUGGACUCCACACACAGAUUUCAAAUGCGAUCGUGCUUGCAAUGGUGGCAGAUGGCAAAGGCAAGCGGGCCAAGUCCAGGUCCCGCUCAAGAUCCUGGUCUCAGGGCAAAUGCCCGGAUUGGGCAACAUCUGAGAAGAAAGAGGCAACCAGAGGAGCACCCAGAGUCCAGGCACCUGAAGACUUGCCAGUUUCGGCCUACAAAGAGAACAUCAUAAACCUGUUGCUGGAGAACCGCAUUAUAGUUGCUGUCGGCGAGACAGGAUCAGGCAAAACUACCCAGAUCCCGCAGUACUUGCUCGACUCCGAGAAGUUUCAAGCCCUUUUCGAGAACAAGCGUGGUUUGCGCAUUGCCAUUACGCAGCCAAGAAGGGUGGCCGCAGUAGCAAUGGCCAGGCGUGUGUCAGACGAGCGAGGAACUCGACUUGGAGACAUUGUUGGCUACUGCAUCCGGUUUGAGGAUCAAUCGAGUGCAACCACUCGGCUCAGAUAUAUGACGGAUGGAUGUCUGCUGCGAGAGUGCCUGGGUGACCCGGAUCUUGCAAACUAUGAUGUUGUGAUACUGGAUGAGGCACAUGAGCGCAGCAUGCAUACAGAUGUCCUGUUUGCCCUGAUGAAGCGAGCAGUGCAAAAUCGUUCCGGACAGCUUCGAAUGCUUGUCACCUCAGCCACUUUGGACACAGGCGCUUUCUCCCAGUACUUUGACUGCCCGGUGCUGGAGGUGCCUGGUCGCAGCUUUGCGGUGGACCUUCACUAUCAUCCGGUCUCCAAGACACAGCGGGUGGAAGCUGCAGUGAAUGUCGCAUUGAAUUUGCAUGUUCGUGAAGGACCUGGGCAUAUUUUGGUAUUUCUCACUGGAAUGGAGGAGUGUGAGCAAGCAGUUAACUUUGCCAAUGCAAAGCUGCAGAGCAUGCUGGACAGCGGCAAGGAAGUCUCAGACUGCCUUAUCGUGCCUUUGUAUGGUAUGAUGCAGUCAGAUGACCAGCGCAAUGUGUUCGAAGAAGUUCCAGAAGGGUGUCGAAAGCUAGUAUUUUCAACCAACAUCGCUGAAACAUCGUUGACAGUUGCGGGUGUUGGUUUCGUAGUCGAUUGUGGCUACUGCAAGCAAAAGUUCUUCAAUCCAAAGACAGGAAUGGAGUCACUGCAAGUGACAGAAGUUUCUCAAGUACAAGCGAAGCAGCGAGCUGGUCGUGCAGGUCGAACACAGCAUGGCAAGUGUUUCCGGCUGUACUCAGAAGAAACGUUCCAUCGCAGUCUUCCAAAAGUCACCGUGCCCGAGAUCCUGCGUUCCAAUCUGGCAUCGGUGUCUCUCCAGAUGAAGGCAAUGGGCAUCGACGAUGUUGUCAAUUUUGACUUUAUGGAACCUCCAGACAGGGUUCGUUUGGUGAAGUCCUUGCGCUUGCUGUACUUGAUCGGUGCGUUGGAUGCCGAUGGGUCCUUGACAGACCUGGGACGCAGAAUCUCACAGCUUCCUCUUGAGCCUCAGUAUGGGCGGGUCUUGCUCGCUGCCGCCGACUUGCAGUGUGUGUCAGAAGCAUUAACGUUGGUGUCUAUGCUGAGUUCUGAAGGCAUUUGGUACCGACCAUCUCGCCAAAAUGCAGAGCAGUGGGAAGAGGCCCAGGCCAUGCAAGAACGCUUUGUGCAUCCACUGGGGGACCACCUGACGCUGGUUCGAAUCUACACCAUGUGGGAAGACGAUGGCUGCAGCCCAUCCUGGUGCAAGGAGAACUUCCUGCACUUCCGGGCACUGCGGCAGGCUCGCGACAUUCGAGGCCAGCUCUGCGAGCAGCUGGAGAAGGUCUCCGAGGCUUCCAUACGCCAAGCAGUUCAAGGAAAGCGCGAUCGGGAGCGGGACCGUGGCCGUUCUCGAGAUCGAUCUCGUGACCGAGAUCGCCACCGUCAGCGAGACCAUGACAGAGGUUCAAACCGGACGUCGAAGUCUGGCACUGAUGCGGAGCAGGCCUUGCUGCAAUCUCUUUGUGCGGGCUUCUACAUGCAGACGGCGCGAGCAUGUGGAGCUGCUGGCGGUUGGCUGAUUGUAGGUGAGAAUGUACUGGUCAAAUGCGAGUCCAGCAGUGCCAUGGAUGGUUCGCCUGCAGAGUGGGUGCUCUACACGGAUUUGGUUGGUAGUACUGUCGCCAAUUGCAUGAUGCGCACCGUGUCAGCUGUGGAUCACACAUGGCUAUCGCCAUUGUUGCCAAAACUGACUGAAGUGGACAUGAAGCGAAUUGUAGGCCUGUCUAAGCCCACACAGGCCCAGGCCCAGGCAGAAGCUCCAAAGGACGCAGCCCAGACCGUCCAAGAAAGAGAGGACAAGGUGGGCAGUGCGCGUGAGCGAUAUUUGGCGCGGAAGAACAAGCUUCCUGCAAAGCGGUGAGACCGGGUUGCUGG